AUGAAGUACAACCAUUUCGACAGCUAUGAGUUCCAAAGAAAGAGUAAGUUCCGUGUCGAUAAUAGCCUUAAAGCUCUUUUAAAAGAAGAUGGAGAGCCCAUAGCUGAAGACGCGUUUGAGUACACCCAUGUACCACAUAGGUUAGCUAGGGCUGUCAACGAAUUGCCUACAACGAACGCCUAUACGUAUUGUGAAAGCAAACUUAUAAAGGAUGAGUAUAUUUCUGGUGAAUCCAUUCGAAUUGGCUUGACGGAGGAAGACAAGAUAUUGCAAGACCUUUCAGAGAGGGAUGCUUUGGCUUAUAUCAAUAUACUACCCGAUAGCGAUGCACACUUUACAAUGAAUGUUUUCAACGAGAACAACUUAUCUAACGAGAGGAUGACUCUGAUAAUACGUGAUACUGCUUGGGUAUUUGUUGCACUGCGCAAGAAAAGGUUGCAAAAAGCAACAGACAAGCUCAAUAUCUUGUUGGAGAAGCAAUAUCUUCAUAGGAUUCAUUCGGAGAGUGGAGAUGAAUCUCUGGCUCUAACGACGAGCGAACUAUCUCAGCUUUUGAAGUGUGAAAAGACCAUAGCAUGGCAGAAAAAGCUAUUGAUUUCGGCAGUGCUAAUUGGUAACUCCCGAAUCAUUGCAGGUAAGGCACAUUUCCCAGGAACUAAAAGUCCGGAGCUUUUACGUCAGAUUGAAUUGCAACUCGUGCCACCUGUGUAUACCGAAGGGGAAUUGCUUGUCAAGUGUGGUCAGAUCAGCAUAAACGAUAUCUAUAAGACCAUCAAUUUCAUGAACACUUCCAUUCCACCAGUUCGGGAUACCGAUUCCGAUGCUGAGUUUUCAUUCAGUGUGAACGAAACGACAAGAGAAAACUUCCUUUGGGCAAAAGUCUUGUAUAAGCCGACGCCCAGAGCACAGCUGCACUUUGAGAAUAACUUUCUUCAUCCACUGGAUCAGGUCUAUCGUUGGCUGAGAGGUGAAAUGAUCGAAAAUACCUGGGAACAAGCGGAUGUGCUCGUGCUUCUUGGGCUGGAGAUGGUACCACCCAAGAGAGCCAUGGUCGACAGAAUCAAGAGGAAUCUUGAGCACUCACUUAAGCAUAAUCCAAGAAACAGAAAAUUGAGUGCUAUCAUUUCAUUUAGGUAUGCGUAG